AUGAAGACUGUGGCUGGCCAAACAGCUCUUCAGCGCCUGGCGCGAAGUUCACGAUAUCAACCAAGCACUAGGUCUCUUAGCAGGAGGUUGUUCCACGCAAAGCCAUCCAAUACUGAGAUAACCCCUCCGAAGAAUGUCCGCACACGUGUCACUAUCAAUGACAUCUUGGAGAGGCGCGCAAAGGCCGGGAAGCUGGUUGCUGGAACGGCGGCUGUCUCUGACAGUGACAUGUUCAAGGGCCCGUCGACGGGCAAACCAAAGGCCAGACGAUGGGAUCACAUCCUGAGUUCCGAGAGCGCGGCCCGGCAACCAUGCGUUCUCAAGCAGGCCGCCAAACACCUGAAGAAGCCAGGCCUCAUUUCCCUCGGAGGUGGUCUGCCUUGUGCCGAGUACUUUCCCUUUCAGUCGAUCAGCAUGAAGAUUCCCACGGUACCUCACUUCUCCGAGGCCGAGGCACGGGGCUCUGGCGAGGAAGUCCACAUCGGCAAGUACGAUGUUGCCGAGAGCGAGGACGGAGUCUAUGACCUGUCUAUCGCCCUCAACUACGGCCAAGCUACUGGUUCCGCACAGCUCAUGCGCUGGGUAACGGAGCACACCGAGUUGGUCUGCAACCCGCCCUACGCCGACUGGCGAUCCUGCCUCACGGUCGGCAGCACGGGUGCCCUGGAACAGGCCUACAGGAUGUUUCUCGACCGGCAACGGGGUGACUCGAUGCUCACCGAGGAGUACAGCUUCUCCACAGCACUCGAGACGGCCGCACCUCUGGGGAUCAAGGUGUUCGGCAUCAAAAUGGACGAACAGGGCCUGAUCCCCGAGAGCAUGGACGAGAUCUUGGCCCGGUGGGACGUGCAAGCGCGCGGUGCGCGGAAACCGCACGUGCUCUAUACCGUGCCCUCGGGUCAAAACCCAACGGGCGCAACGCAGGGCGAGAGGCGGCGCAGGGACAUCUACGCGGUCGCGCAGCAGCACGACGUGUACAUCAUCGAGGACGAGCCGUACUAUUUCCUCCAGAUGCAGCCGUAUGCGGGACGAGGCUCGCCUGUUACGCCUCCGCCGGCGUCGGUGGAGGAGUUCCUGGAGUCGCUCGUCCCGUCGCUGUUGAGCAUGGACGUGGACGGGAGAGUCCUGCGGAUGGAUUCCUUUUCCAAGGUCGUGGUCCCGGGCUCUCGACUCGGCUGGGUCACGGCGUCGGAGCAGAUUAUUGAGAGGUAUAUAAGGCACAGCGAGGCGUGCAACCAGGGCCCGAGCGGCUUCUCCCAGAUCAUCUUAUACAAGAUGCUGGAUGAGAGUUGGGGCCACGAAGGAUACCUGAAAUGGCUCAUGAACCUGCGGCUGGAAUACACGAAGCGGAGGGACGUCAUCUUGGCCGCUUGCGAGAAGUACCUUCCUCGAGAGAUUGUGAGCUGGAACCCUCCAGCUGCCGGCAUGUUUCACUGGCUAAAGGUCAACCACAACCUUCACCCCGAUGCGUCUCAUCGCAGCAUCCUCGACAUUGAAGAAGAGAUCUUCAGUCUCUGCAUCGAGAAAGGCGUCCUCGUGGGCCGAGGUUCGUGGUUCAGGGCCGAGCACGACAGGGCCCUGACAGAGAUGUUCUUCCGGGCCACGUAUGCGGCAGCGACCCCGGAGAACAUGACGGAGGCUAUUCGUAGAUUUGCCGAUGCGAUACGGCAUAGCUAUCGUUUGAAGUAG